CGAGGGGUGGGUGUGCGCCUUGUCUGGAGCUGGUGAUAGCGGUUCGCGAUCAGGGCUUUCCAGGUGCCGGUGGCUCUUUCUUUCGGGGCGGCGGCGGCGUGUUUACAGUCAUGUAGAAUGGCAGAACCGCCGACCAUUCCAUUUCGAACCACGGGCUCCAGGUUGUUGCACCCACUCAGUGUCCGCUUCAAUGUGCCGCUGGACCAGGUGAAUUUUGCAGUAUGUCAGUUGUUUGCCCUUUUUGCAGCCUUCUGGUUCCGUCUUUAUCUCAGUCCCAGUCGAGCUGGUGUUGUUGUACGUCAUGUGGUCAUCACAAUGCUUGGCAUAUAUUUUGCUAUCUUCUGCUUUGGAUGGUAUUCACUCCACAUUUUUAUAGAAGUUUCUUUGUGUUACUGCAUUAUGAUAACAGCGAACGUCUCAAACAUUCACAGAUAUUCAUUUGUAGCAGCAAUGGGCUAUCUCACACUGUGUCAAAUUAGCAGAGUAUAUAUCUUUAAUUAUGGACUGUUGGCCACAGAUUUCUCUGGACCCUUGAUGAUAGUCACUCAGAAAAUCACCAGCCUUGCCUUUCAAAUGCAUGAUGGGCUGGGACGUAAAGAGGAAGAACUUACUGUUGAACAACGCCGUCUUGCUGUUAGCUCAAGGCCUACUUUACUAGAGUAUUGCAGCUAUCACCUGAAUUUUCUAGGUAUUUUGGCUGGACCUGCCAGCAAUUACAAGGACUAUAUUGCGUUUAUUGAAGGAAACCAUAUAGACAUGAAACUAAUAGAAGAACAUUGGAAGCAAAAAGGCUUUAGCAAGUUUCCUGAUCCUUCCCCAUUGAGAGCUGUAGCAAACAAAAUGGUUAUCACCUUUGUAUGUCUAGUUUGGUUCACACUCAUUACGAAGAACUUCCCAAUCUCCUACAAUGUGGAUGACAAGUUUAUAAGUGAAGCAUCAUUCUUCAGGAAGCUAUGUUAUCUGUUUCUCUCAGUCCACGCAUCCAGACCCAAGUAUUACUUUGCAUGGACUUUAGCUGAUGCAGUCAAUAAUGCAGGUGGCUUUGGGUUCAAUGGCCUUGAUAAAAAUGGAAAUUUACGAUGGGACUUAAUCUCAAACCUAAAUAUCUGGAAUAUUGAGACAGCUACAAGUUUUAAAAUGUGCCUUGAUAGUUGGAACAUUCAAACUGGAGCUUGGCUGAAGAGUGUCUGCUAUGACCGGGCCCCUUACUUCCCCACAGCUCUAACAUUUAUCCUUUCAGCUUUGUGGCAUGGAGUGUACCCUGGCUAUUACUUCACCUUCACAACUGCAAUCCUUAUCACGCUGGCAGCAAGGACAAUGAGAAGCAACUUCAGACAUUACUUCCUUUCUUCCAGGAAGAUGAAAAUUGGCUAUGAUGUUAUGACUUGGGUUUUUACUCAACUGGCCCUCUGCUACAUAGUAACACCUUUCCUCCUCUUGGGUACAGAACCCACAAUCAAAUUCUACAAGUCGAUUUAUUUUCAUUUUCACAUUCUGUGUGCCAUCGUGUUGCCAAUUCUGGCAGUCAAGAAGCGGAAGAGUAUUAUGCAGACAACCUCUUUGAAGGCCAACUCCUCUAACCCAGCACCCAGUCACCAGCAGCCCAAGAAAGAGCAGUAGUGACUCAGCAUAAAUGAAGUAUUUUGGAAGUGAGAGAUGCUAAAAAAAACACUUGAUGUUGUACAGGGGUGGAAAACAAAAGAACCAGUAGUUUGUAUCUGAGUGGUCUCAAUCUCACGACCAUUCAUCUGAAGAUUUAAUGAAUGAAAUGGUUUAAUGAAGCAUGAUUGCUUAUUAUGCAGAGAUCCAUGCACUGAACAACCACUGAACCUUCCCCAAUUCUAGCUGCAACACCUGGGUCACUUGGGUGCCUGUAGUAUGCAGGCAUUGCUGUCAUUUGCCAACUUGAGUUUUUUUCCCUCAAACAGUGUAAUUGUCCUAUGAUCUUUGGACAUUUUCACUGAGAAUGGUAUAUGUAUGUAUAAAUGAUCUCUCAUUUUCUAAAGAGAAUUGUUGGUGAAAUUUUGAAGCUGAGUAAUAAAGAUAUUUUUGGUUAGAUUGUUGAAAUACUAACACUGUUGCUUUACAAUCUAUAGUUAUCCAUUGUUAUUUAAAGCUGAUCUACCAUAUCGUUUUACAUACUUGCCCAUGGCCAAGUGACAUUUUUACCCCUGUCACCAAAGCAAUUAUUCUAUUGGUUUUCUUUGCCUUAGCAAAUAGCAAAAUGUGUGACCCAUGGUCACAAAUUCCAAUCUUUGGAUUUGUAAUGUAAUAGAUUUUGAAAUUUACAGCUCUAAGUGGUUGGUUUGGACUGAUGACAGAUUAAGAGUUAAAAGGCUGAAUAUUCUGACAAAGGCAGGCUUACCACAUCCUGACUAGAGCCCCUUGAAGGAGUAGUGUUUCACUUAUGCUUCACUUUAGUUAAAUGAAGAACGCACAGAAGGCCAAGAAGGGGGGCUGCACUGGGAGAAUGAUCAUCCAGUACAAUUACAGUGGCAAAUUAUUUCAUUGAAGAAUAAAGCUAACCCUAUAAGUGAUUGAAAUCACAGUGAAUGGCUCAACUGCUUGUGCUACAUAUGAAGUAACCAAACUUGCAAUAGUUCAUUGUUCUGUUCUGUUUGUAAAACGUUUGAUAAAAUCAAAACUGCUUGUAAGAGCAUUCAGCUUGAUUAUGCUAAUAGAUCUUAUAAUUAUAAAUACCUUGAU